AUGGACGCGCCCUCAGAAGCUAAAACUGCAGGUCAACUAAUGCUGCAACGAAUCUCUCAAGAUGACGAUACUCAAGACGAUUAUCCAACCCAAAGUAUUUUCGACAGACCCGAAUCAAGAGAAGAAAACGGAUGGGCUAUCAAAAUAGAUCGCCAGGAAGUUUCAUCCGCAUUUCAUAAUUUGGAGCACAUAAGGAAAAUUACCAGGUCGAAUUUUGGAGAGAAUUGGGAGGGGAUCUUGACUAAGCAUUUUGGUAAAGCUGAUAGUACAUUGGGUCAGACUACUGGGGUAAGAUUAUCUGCUUUUGUUCUUUGGGAAGAAGAUGGUCAUUUUUACUACGCAAUGAAUACAAAGGCAAGCUUAUUCCUGACACAAGUCACGCAGAGUUUUGAUGGAAUAAUCAUUAGCAUCGAUUCGAAAUCCCCCUACUUCACUAAACAAUCAAAGGCGAUAGUGACAGGCGAGCCAGUAGACAACGUAUCAGCAACUACUCUCCAGACAUGGUCCGACAUAACCUAUCUCUCAUGGCAUGAAGAAUGCACUAAAACAUCCACCCCCCUCAAAAAUCUCAAACACAUAAUCCGAUCGCACAUCACCAAUUCCGAAACCCUCUCAGUAAUCACCGAGAUCCUGGAAGAAGAAAAAAUAAUCUUCCCACCCAACGGAUUGUUAGUCGAGAUCAAUGAUUCCAAAGGGUAUGGAGCUGCACUUCUGGGAACACCGAACGGGAAAGGUAUUGGAUGGUUACUUGCACAGCACAAGAAUCAGCUUGGGAAUGCGAAGAUCGUGAGUGUGGAGAUUUUCCACAGUUUCCAGGUGGGAUUUUUUGAUUGUGAUGAGGAGACGGGAGAAUUGAUUGUGAGAAAGGAAAAGAUGAGGGGGGCGGAGGAGCCUCGCGAUCGUCUGAAUUUGGACUUUACGAUACAGUGUGGAUGA